GAGUCAACACAUCUGACAUCAUCACUCUGUAUAUCUCGGCCAUCAAGGCCUUGCGGGAGCUUGACCCCUCUAUGGUUAUCCUGGAGGUCGCCUGUGAGCCCAUCAGGAAGUAUCUGAGGACUCGGGAAGACACGGUGCGGCAGAUUGUGGCUGGUCUCACAGGGGAUGCUGAGGGCUCCGGUGAUCUUGCAAAUGAGCUCUCAAAAGCUGACCCAGUGACCCUGGAGAACGGCCAGGAGAGUGAUGAUGACAUCUCAGAACCAGGGGACUGGGUUCCUGACCCAGUUGAUGCAGAUCCAGGAAAAUCAAGUUCCAAGCGUCGGUCCUCAGACAUCAUCAGCCUGCUGGUGAGCAUCUAUGGCAGCAAGGACCUGUUUAUCAACGAAUACCGCACGCUUCUGGCUGACCGGCUGCUGCCUCAGUUCAACUACAGUGCUGAGAGGGAAAUCCGCAACGUGGAGCUGCUGAAGCUGCGGUUUGGUGAAGCUCAGAUGCACUAUUGUGAAGUCAUGUUAAAAGAUAUGGCCGACUCGCGGCGCAUCAACGCCAACAUUCGUGAUGAAGAAGAGAAGCUCCCAGAGGAGGAGAGGCCACCAUUCAGCCUCGUUGCCGUUAUCCUGUCGAGUGAGUUCUGGCCACCGCUCAAAGAGGAGAAGCUAGAGCUUCCAGAGCAGGUUAAAGAAGCCAUGGAAGCCUAUUCCAAGAAGUAUGAGAAAUUAAAGGCCAUGAGGACUCUGAACUGGAAGUACCACCUGGGCCUGGUGAGCUUGGAUGUGGAGCUGGCAGAUCGCACCCUCUCCCUCUCUGUCUCUCCUGUACACGCCGCCAUCAUCCUGCACUUCCAGACCAAGA